AUGCGGUGGUAUUUAUUGGCGCUAGCUUGCGUCCUGGCGGUCUACGCCGAGGAAAAGAAGGAAAAAGACAAGGAUAUUGGUACUGUCAUUGGUAUUGACUUGGGUACCACAUAUUCAUGUGUUGGUGUUUACAAGAAUGGUAGAGUUGAGAUUAUAGCCAACGACCAGGGUAACCGUAUCACUCCUUCAUAUGUAGCCUUCACUGCUGAUGGUGAACGUCUUAUUGGAGAUGCCGCAAAGAACCAGCUCACUACAAAUCCUGAAAACACAGUAUUUGAUGCUAAGCGUCUUAUUGGUCGUGAAUGGACAGACUCCACUGUCCAACAUGAUGUCAAAUUCUUCCCCUUCAAGGUAGUUGAGAAGAACACCAAACCUCAUGUGGCUGUGAAAACUGCCCAAGGAGACAAGGUGUUUGCACCUGAAGAAAUCUCAGCUAUGGUGCUUACUAAGAUGAAGGAAACUGCUGAAGCUUAUCUUGGCAAGAAGGUUACCCACGCUGUCGUAACUGUACCCGCCUACUUCAACGACGCUCAACGUCAAGCUACUAAAGACGCUGGAGUAAUUGCUGGUCUUAACGUCAUGAGAAUAAUUAACGAGCCUACCGCUGCUGCAAUUGCUUACGGUCUCGACAAGAAAGACGGAGAAAAGAAUGUGCUUGUAUUUGAUUUAGGUGGUGGUACAUUUGAUGUCUCACUUCUGACCAUUGACAAUGGCGUGUUUGAAGUAGUUGCAACCAAUGGUGACACUCACUUGGGAGGUGAAGACUUUGACCAGAGAGUUAUGGAACACUUCAUCAAACUGUACAAAAAGAAGAAGGGCAAGGACAUCAGAAAAGAUAACCGUGCCGUACAGAAACUCCGUCGUGAAGUUGAAAAGGCAAAGAGAGCUCUGUCAUCCAGUCACCAAGUAAAGAUUGAAAUUGAAUCCUUCUUUGAAGGUGACGAUUUCUCCGAAACCUUAACUAGAGCUAAGUUUGAAGAAUUGAACAUGGACCUGUUCAGAUCUACAUUGAAACCAGUACAGAAGGUAUUAGAAGACGCCGACAUGAACAAGAAAGAUGUUGAUGAAAUCGUACUUGUUGGAGGUUCAACACGUAUUCCUAAAGUGCAACAACUGGUCAAGGAAUUCUUCAACGGCAAAGAGCCAUCCAGAGGCAUAAACCCUGAUGAAGCUGUCGCUUACGGUGCUGCCGUCCAAGCCGGAGUACUAAGUGGAGAACAGGAUACUGAUGCUAUCGUGCUUUUGGAUGUAAACCCUCUUACCAUGGGUAUCGAAACUGUCGGCGGCGUUAUGACCAAACUUAUCCCACGUAACACUGUCAUCCCCACCAAGAAGUCCCAGAUCUUCUCAACUGCCAGUGACAACCAGCACACCGUUACCAUCCAAGUUUACGAAGGUGAACGUCCAAUGACCAAGGACAACCAUUUGCUUGGAAAGUUCGAUUUAACUGGCAUUCCUCCCGCACCUAGAGGAAUUCCACAAAUCGAGGUCACCUUCGAAAUUGACGCAAACGGUAUCCUCCAAGUAUCCGCUGAAGAUAAGGGAACAGGAAACAGGGAAAAGAUUGUCAUUACAAAUGAUCAGAACAGACUAACACCAGAAGAUAUCGAGAGAAUGAUCAAGGAUGCAGAGAAAUUCGCAGAUGAUGACAAGAAACUAAAGGAACGUGUUGAAGCUAGAAAUGAAUUAGAAAGCUACGCUUACUCGAUCAAGAACCAACUCCAAGACAAGGAAAAAUUAGGCGCUAAAGUAAGUGAAGAUGAAAAGACCAAAAUGGAGGAAGCUAUUGAUGCAGCUAUCAAAUGGUUAGAAGACAACCAAGACGUCGAUGCUGAAGAGUACAAAAAGCAAAAGAAGACAGUCGAAGAUGUAGUCCAACCAAUCAUUGCCAAGUUAUACCAAGGUCAAGGUGGAGUACCACCUCCUGGCCCAGGCGAAGACGACGAGUUCAAGGACGAGUUGUAA